CCGCGGCGCGCUGCGGCCAGGCCUGUCCAUCUCCCUCCGCCAUUUGAAGCGAACAAUUGGGGUUUCGUGUCGAGUGCUCGGACGGCGUUUUUACCGGUUUUAAAGAGAGAAAAAACGUCUCCAGUGGGACGCUGAUCGCUGGAUUGUCGUCGACCCUGUGCCAGGAUCUUGUGUGUUUUACCCUUGCCGUGCUCGGAUUAACCGCUGUGUGAAUGUGCCUGGCGAUGUGCUGCUGCACCCGGAGGCGCGGCGGUUGAUUCGGCCGCCGCGGCCGCCGCCGCGUUGUCUGUCGCCAUGGAAGGCGAAGCCAAAGUGCGGGGCUCCCGCUGUCGGCGCCGCGAAAGGGCCGCUCGGAUGCAAAAGCAGGCUAUGCGCGGCGGUCAGAGUGCCGACGAGGCCGACGAAUCGCCCGGCCGCUCGGCGUCCAAGCCCCCGAGGCCUCCGAACCGCAAGAAAAGGAAUAAGGAGCCCAUCUUUGAGGAGGAUGUCAUCGACGGCUUUGCCAUUCUCAGCUUCAGGACGUACGAGGAUUUGGAGAGCACGAUCAAGAGCAGGGAGCCGGAGACUCGGCCGUCGUCUCCGGAGCCCUUGCUCAACUCCAAGAUCAACUGCAACGACAAACACCCCCCGGCAUCCUCGCCAACGCCCCCGAGGACCAAGACCAAGCCUGCCAGGACGAGCCUAAACAAGACCAACUAA